CAUGGCCCACAGUGCUCCCAUCCUGUCGACCCCCGCAGAACACAUUCUCCAAGAACCCACUCCACAGGUCGUGCAGUCCCGCGAACAAGGCGUAUUAUCCGAAGAACAACUAUAUCUGCAGUAUGAAAUCAAGCGCACCAUCAGCGAAAUCCGUGCAGGCCAAUGGAAACGCAUCGCUCUCCAAUUUCCCGAUGACAUGUUGGUAGAUGCCCCGCGAGUGUUUGAACGAUUGCGAGAUGGGUUGAAGCACGAGAGAGCCGCGCGAGCAGCAGCAGCAGCAUCAGAAAACGAAGACGAAAAAAAUGAAGAAAAAGAGGAAAAAGUGUGCAUCCUCGGCGACACGUCGUACGGGUCCUGUUGCGUCGACGAGGUAGCCGCCGAGCACACCGACGCCGAUGUGGUUGUGCAUUAUGGUCGAGCAUGCCUCUCCCCAACCGCUCGUUUACCCGUCAUUUACGUUUUCACGGCCAAAUCGCUGCAUCUGGAUGCCGUGGUGGCGAGUUUCAAGGAGACAUACCCCCCCUCAUCGCAAGCAGAGGAGAAAGUGUGUUUGAUGGCCGAUAUUCCCUAUUCGCAUCACUUGGACGAAUUACAUCGCAGACUCACGGAAGAAGAAGGCUAUGGGCACAUUUUCAAAACUUCCAUUAUUCACGAUCCUGCAUCUUUGAUUCCGAAUCGGACCACACCAGUCACUACCACUGGAGAAGGAGGGGAAGGGGGAGGAAGCGAUGAAGCUGCUGCCAGUGCUGCUCUAAAAGAAUACUCCAUUUUCCACAUUUCCGAACCCCCGACUUCCCUCCUCCUCAUCCUCUCCUCCCGCAUCAAAUCCCUCCACAUCUUCCCCACCACCACCCCUGCCUCUUCCUCUUCCUCUCCCUCUUCUUCCUCUGACUCCCCUCCACCACCAACCCACCUCGCCUCCACAACCACCACCCCCCUCCUCCGACGACGCUACGCCCUCAUAACCCGCCUCUCCACAAUCCCCAUUUUCGGGAUCCUCAUCAACACCCUCUCCGUCUCCCACUACCUCCUGGCCCUCCAACACUGCCAACACCUAAUCCGCGCCUCCGGCAAAAAAAGUUAUACCUUUGUCGUAGGAAAAAUUAAUGCGGCCAAACUGGCCAAUUUUUCCGAAAUUGGGGGUUGGGUCGUGAUUGGGUGUUGGGAAAGUUCGCUCCUGGAGAAUGGGAGCAAAGAGUUUUUUCGUCCGGUUAUUACGCCGUGGGAAUUGGAGGUCGCGUUGAUGAGGGAUGGGGAGAGGGUUUGGGGGGGAGAGUGGGUGGGGGAUUUUGGGGAGGUUUUGGAGAGGGGGAGGGGGAAGAAGAAGAAAUUUGAAGAUGGGGAGGGGGAUGGGGAUGUUGAUCAUGAAGGUCUCACGGAAGAAGACGAAGAAGAAGAAUCCUCCUCCGACUCGGAAUCCUCCCCACCAGACUUUGAUCUCCGAACAGGACAAUACGUCUCUCAUUCUCGACCCAUGGGUCAUCCUCGUCGUCGUCAACAACAUUCCCAACCCAACCCCCAACUUCCAUCCACAUCCACAACAACAACAACCCAACUAACCCACCACCCCAAAACCUCUUCAGCUCUAACAACCACACCCUUCCACAUCAACGGCCACCUCUCCCCCGCAGCAGAAUAUCUCUCUUCACAACGGACGUGGACAGGGUUAGGAAGUGAUUUUUCUCAUUCUUCUCAUUCUCAUCAUGCAGAUGCAGAUGCAGAUGGAGCAUCAAUUGCAUAUGAACGGGAUGAAAAUGGAAAAAUUCGAGGGGCGGAAAUGGAGGAGGGGAGAAAGGGGGUGGCCAAGGGGUAUCGAGUUGGAGAUGGAGAUGAUGGGAGGGAGGGGUGAUGGGAGAAGAAGAUGAAGAUGACGAGAGAAAAGAAUAAGAG